CACAUCGAAAACCAGUGUAAAGAAUACUCGCUUCAUAUUUGCCAUUCACAGCCUCUGCAACUGUGUUCGUAGAAAGGAGAGAUGGUUGGCAUCUCCCCUGACAGGGACGGGAACGGCUUUCGGGCCUUCUUGUUACCAGCACACCCGGUUAAGGCUUUCCACCCUAGCGGUGGAUCUUCAACCCAAUUUUUUCACCUUCCCUUCUGUUUUCCUGUGCGCUCCAGAGAUGGAUUUUACAACCCGUUUUGCUAUCUAACUCGGUGGGUUUUUUCAUUCAGUUGAAUUCUCGAUAUCAAUUCACUAGCACAAGCUCUACAUCCGGGGGCAAACUUCGCAUUCAAUCUCUCGUUGCAUCAGAUAAUGGUUUGUGAGGGAAAGAAGUGUCUCGACAUGGAUGCAAUUUCAUGUUAGCCAAUGCUAUCGAAGCAGUCUCUAAUAGAAUAUUGG